UCAACCAGCAAAUAGCAGCAGUGCUGUGCGUUUGACUUGUUUGUUCUUAAUAAUUCGUGUAGAAUUUUUAAAGUGCAGACUUAUCUGUUAUUACAACAUAGUUCACAUCGUAUUAUAAUAUUAUUAAAUUUAUUACAUACAGUUGAGGUUUCUUAAACAGUAAUUGACUAUUUUUGGCAAAAUACACGAGAUUGCUGAUGUGAUUUUAUUGAAAUGUCAUCUUAUAUGGCAGGUGUUUUUGAUUUAGAUUUAGAUGUGGAUACUGUUGAGGUCGGAGACUCUGAUGAGGAUGAUAUAAUUGAAGUCGAUGAGGUUGAUUAUGAUCCUGAACUACAUGUGAAUAAUAUUGUAGAGGCAGAGGGAUCUGAAACAAUUCAAUUAUGUGAAGAUAAUGUGAAUCCAGGCCAAUGUAAAAGACUUGGUCCUCAAGAUUUUGAAUUACGCAAGGUUCUAGGAAAAGGCGGGUAUGGAAAAGUUUUCCAAGUUCGUAAGAUCACAGGCCCUGAUGCAGGGGCUCAUUUCGCUAUGAAAGUUCUCAAGAAGGCUUCUAUUGUUCGCAAUCAAAAAGAUACCGCACACACUAAAGCUGAACGAAAUAUAUUAGAAGCUGUCAAGCAUCCAUUUAUAGUUGAAUUAGUAUAUGCCUUUCAAACUGGUGGUAAAUUAUAUUUAAUUUUAGAAUAUUUAAGUGGUGGUGAAUUAUUUAUGCAUCUUGAGAGAGAAGGUAUAUUCCUAGAGGAUACAGCAUGCUUCUAUUUAUCAGAAAUAAUACUGGCAUUGGAACACUUACAUAGCUUAGGCAUAAUUUAUCGUGAUCUUAAACCAGAAAACGUCCUUCUGGAUGCCCAAGGACAUGUAAAACUUACAGACUUUGGCCUAUGUAAGGAACACAUUCAGGAGGGUAUAGUCACACACACAUUUUGCGGAACCAUCGAGUAUAUGGCUCCGGAAAUACUAACAAGAAGUGGUCAUGGAAAAGCAGUUGAUUGGUGGAGUCUUGGUGCCCUCAUGUAUGACAUGCUGAUUGGACAGCCUCCCUUCACUGGGGACAAUCGUACAAAGACCAUAGAGAAAAUACUGAAGGGUAAGCUUAUGCUACCGGCUUACCUGACACAAGACGCUCGCGAGCUGAUCCGUCGGCUCAUGAAGCGAUCAGAGACCCAACGACUCGGGGCCACGGGAGCCGCGGCCGUCCGCUCACAUGCUUUUUUCAAACAUGUACAUUGGGAUGACGUCUUCGCCCGCAGACUUGAACCCCCCAUCAAACCCCGGCUGGCGAGUGAAGAUGACGUUUCCCAAUUCGACACAAGAUUUACUCUACAGACACCUAUUGAUUCGCCUGAUGAGUCUACAUUGAGCGAAAGUGCUAACCUCAUGUUUCAGGGUUUCACAUACGUGGCGCCAUCUGUGAUGGACGAGAUCCACAAGCCGCGUGUGAUAACGGCUCGGUCCCCGCGCCGCCCUCGCCCUCACCACGCCUUCACCAUACCACCCGCGCACGCACAGGAGGACCUCAUGGAUGUACAAGGUCUACCAAUAUAGCCUAGAAUAAUUUAUAUAGUUGACCAUUUUAUACUAAUGAAAUAAUUCAACUACAAAUGCUGCCCAUCUAUAUGUCCGUAAAGUAAUGGUACUGUUUUAUACAACUAUUAUUAUUAAUGUACAUUUUAUACAAGUUACCAUUUAGUUUAAUGUUUGGUAGAAAUAAACAUGUAAUAAAUUGUUCUAACCCAACUAUAUGACAGAGUAAUAAUAAUAAUUUACAAUAUACCUUGUUACCAUGCUUCAUGAAUUGAAUUAAAAUGUCAUUUUUAUUUUGUAAUUGGAGUUUAAUUUAAGUAGUCUUGUUGUAUCAACCAUCCUAAUUUUUCCUGAUUUAAUUUUAAUAAACAUUUUUUCUUUUCA